AUGGAACAAACUUUCAUCCUGAUCAAGCCCGACGGCGUCAAGACUGGUCUUGGGGAGACCGUUGUUUUGACCGGAAGAAAUAUCAUUAGAAAGACAAUCCCUUGUAAUGACAUGGACACUGACAUUGGCAGCAACCUGAUUCAUGGGAGUGAUUCAGUGGAGAGCGCUUACAAGGAAAUUGCCUUGUGGUUCCCAGAUGGACCUGUCAAGGCAACCUCGGACGCUCGGGAAUGGUACGUAACACAGCYAYAGGGUAAACCAGAAYGAGGACCACAUAAUYAAACUGCACUGCCUCCCAAGCCACCGCUCGACACCAUCCUCUGCUUUACCGAUGGAGCAUGGAAGGAGGAUACUCUUUUAGCAGGACUAGGCUGGAUUCUUCAAACAYAAAACUYCAACACAACAACCCCUAUCACUGUUGACCAAAAGAUCGCAACCAGAGUCUUUUGUUGUGUCCCCACUGAUGGCCGAAGCGCUGGCGGUUCGUCUCGCCCUCUURAGGGCACUAGAAAGGGGAAUCAAAAAGCUAAGAGUACACUCUGA